UAAUGACGUCCAUAAAUGAUUCAGCCGCAUCAACAAUUACGCCUUACGUAUGUGUUUACAUAUCACCGAAUUUAGAUUUUUGUAAAUUCAUCAGUUAUAAAUCCAAAGAAAAUCUCUGGAACUCAGAGCAUAAAGUACUGGAAAAUAAAAAGCACAAGUUAAUGGAGAGUAAUAAAAUGUACUUUACAUCACGCCCAUUGAUGCAUGUCUCAGGAGCAAAAAAAUUUAAAAAUCAUUCAUUUGUAAAAACUAUAAUAUACGAAAUACAAAGAUGCAUACCGCCGAGAUUGCCAUUUGUUUUACCUUGGUGCACCGAUGAAGAUCUUUCCGAUAAGAAGAACGAAAUCCGCCGGCUUUAUCCCUUCAUGAUAGAUGGUUUUUCAAAAGCAACGUACGAAUUUCCUAUGUAUGAUUUUUUUAAACAAAGUCGAGUGAUGCCAAAAUCGACAUAAUUUGACAUACACGCAAUGUGUAAAUUGAUGAAUUUAAAUGGUCAUUAAUAGAGUCAUGUCGAAAGCCUGGUGAUAUUAGAUAAAAAGAUACUCUUAUUCAGUUUUAUUAUUUUAUCAUUUCUAUCGAGAAUCUCGUUGAUAAAUCCACAAUGUCAAAAAGAAUAAUAAA